UGCAGUAUCACUGCAUGUUAUUUAUUUGGUUUUAACCGCUUAAAUUUCGCUCUUCAGUCAAGUGUGGCGACCCAAAUAGACUGCGUUAGUGCGCACGCGCGGUUACGUCUACAGCUUCCUCUUCCCUAGAACUGGUUGUACUGGAGUCCAGUUAUACUAGUUUCUUUGUCACGGACUGUUUUUGUUCUUAAAGAGGAUUUCGAGUGUUUUUAUGAGUAAUCAAAGGCAGCAGAAGCCUACGCUAACAGGCCAGCGUUUCAAAACUCGGAAAAGAGAUGAAAAGGAGAGGUUUGACCCUUCCCAGUUUCAGGAGAGCAUUGUGCAGGGUCUGAACCAAACUGGCACUGAUUUGGAAGCUGUCGCAAAGUUCCUUGAUGCCUCUGGUGCAAAGCUUGACUACCGACGCUAUGCCGAGACUUUGUUCGACAUCCUGGUGGCUGGUGGAAUGCUGGCCCCCGGGGGUACGCUGUCAGAUGACAUGACCUGUACAGAGUUCUGUCUCUUCAAAGCACAAGAGGACAUGGAGACCAUGCAGGCAUAUGCACAGGUCUUUAACAAGCUCAUUAGGCGCUACAAAUACUUGGAGAAGGGAUUUGAAGAGGAGAUCAAAAAGCUGCUGCUGUUUCUCAAGGGUUUCACAGAGUCUGAGCGCAACAAGCUGGCCAUGCUAACAGGGAUUCUGCUGGCCAACGGGAACAUCUCUGCAUCCAUUCUCAGCAGCCUCUUCAAUGAGAAUUUGGUCAAAGAAGGUGUUUCGCCUUGCUUUGCUGUAAAACUCUUCAAAUCCUGGCUUUCUGAAAAGGACAUCAACUCAGUUGCUGCCAGUCUUCGAAAGGUUGGCAUGGACAACAGGCUUAUGGAACUUUUCCCGGCCAACAAGCGGAGUUGCGAGCACUUCUCAAAGUACUUCACAGACGCCGGGCUCAAGGAGAUUUCCGACUUUGCCAGGAACCAGCAGUCCAUAGGUGCUCGCAAAGAGCUGCAGAAAGAGCUUGAGGAUCUGAUGUCAUGUGGAGAGCCCCUCAAAGACAUCAUUGCUUACGUCCGAGAGGAAAUCAAGAAGAACAACAUCUCUGAGCAGACGAUGAUCGGACUAAUUUGGUCCAGCGUGAUGAGCUCGGUGGAGUGGAACAAGAAGGAGGAGCUCGUGACGGAACAAGCCAUCAAACACUUAAAGCAAUACAGCCCGCUGUUGAAGGCUUUCACCUCCCAGGGCCUCUCAGAGCUCACGCUGCUGCUGAAGAUCCAGGAGUACUGCUAUGACAACAUCCACUUCAUGAAGGCCUUUCAGAAGAUCGUCGUACUGCUCUACAAAGCCGAUGUCUUGAGCGAGGAGGCGAUUCUGAAGUGGUACAAUGAAGCCCACCAAGCUAAAGGAAAAAGCGUUUUCCUUGAGCAGAUGAAAAAGUUUGUUGAAUGGCUCAAGAACGCAGAGGAAGAGUCCGAGUCGGAGGAGGAGGAUGCAGACUGAAGACCUCUGCCUAUAAAACCAUCGAAAUUUGUAUUUUUAAUCAGAUGCAGUACAAGAAUUUAUAACAGACGCCUGUUCUCUAGUUCUUUUCUUUCUCUAUUCUCUACCUCUUCAUAUCUAGUUCGACUGCAAUGUAAGGGCUUUAAUGGGGUUGUUUUUUUGUUUUUUGUUUGAUGCUCGUAUUCAUCUUCAAACUCCUUCAGGAGCCAAUCAGAGUGCCACAUUUAGCUGAUAGACUGAAACCUCUGUCAUGUGACAAAGCAGAGCGUUUUGGUUUUUUUAAACAUGAGACCCUUUAAAAUUCGACCAUGUGAAGGCGUGUUUCAGUCUUUGUGUUUGAUCGCUCUUAUUCGGUCCUCUGAAGUGAAAACUGUUGAUUUGCGUCUCAGAUAUGUGACAACUUUGAAUUUGUUGCCAGUUUUUAAGAUUCUUUAUCCAUUAUUGUUAAUGGAGCCGCGUCAUCAUAAACAGAACUUUGAUUUUUCCAUACAUCAUGUGUAACAACCACGCUAGCUUUGUAGGGUUUUUCCCCUUUAUCGCACAUUUUCAAAUAAAUGGUUUUCAUUAC